AUGGCCGGCUCUCUCCAGGUAGAUGUAUAUGUUGCACCCCCAAUACCCGCAGCCACCGGUUUCACAGAACCAUCCAAAUCACAGUGGUCGCCAAUAUCAUGCACUCUAAUCCACAACUCCAAAUCAGCCGUACUUGUUGACACACCCAUAACAAUAAAACAGACUGAAGCACUCGCAGACUGGAUCAAAGCAACUCUAGCCCCAGACACGAAAUUAGAAUACAUCUACACCACGCACGCGCAUGGAGAUCAUUACUUCGGUAAUCCGGUUAUUCUUGAGCAUUUUCCCGGCGCAAAAUGCGUUGCGACGGCUUCUGUGGCUGCGGGGAUAGAGAAGACACUUGCUGCGUCGAUACCGAUAUGGCAGGGCUGGUUCCCAGAUGGUCAAAUCCUGUCCGAGAGACAGACUGUUCCGGAAUCUCUGCCAGAGACGGGCGAAUUCUUCAUUGAUGGCCAUAGCCUUUUUGGUGUUGACGUGUCGCAUUCCGAUACCGACGCAUCAUCAUUCCUGCAUGUGCCGGAUUUGGAUCUUGUCGUAGCGGGCGAUGUCGUCUAUGGCGAUUGUUACCAAUUCUUGGCCGAGGCCAAUACUCCAGAGAAGAGGAAAAGUUGGCUCAAUGCACUGGACCAAAUCGCCGCCUUGAAGCCGAGUAUUGUUGUACCUGGACAUAAGCGAGCCUCUCAGCUGGAUGGGCCAUACUUGAUUGAGAGCACGAGGGAAUACAUCCGAACAUUUGAACGAGAAUUAGAACAAUUAGGGGAUGCGGAUCAGCUCGAGGAAGCUAUGAAGAAGCUGUAUCCGCAGAGAUGGAAUGGUUUUAUUUUAGAUACAAGUUGCAAGAGCUCCGUUGCUGCUCUUUGA